GAUGCCGAGCAGCCGAUCCGGCGCCGCCGACCCCGUCCGUGCGCGGCUCCAUGAGCCACGGCCUCGGCUAUGGACAUCGUCCUGUCGGAUUUUGUUCGCUCAACGGGGGCAGAGCCGGGGCUGGCCAGAGACCUCCUGGAAGGCAAGAACUGGGACCUGAGCGCGGCGCUGAGCGACUUCGAGCAGCUCCGGCAGGUGCACGCCGGGAAUUUGCCGCCUUCCUUCAACGAGGGCCGCGGUGCCCGGCCCCCGGAGCGGGAGGCGGCACGGCCGGGCCCGCCCCUGCAGCGCCAGGAUGACGUCGUGCAAGAGAAGCGCCUGUCCCGGGGCAUCUCCCACGCCAGCUCCACCAUCGUGUCCCUGGCGCGUUCCCACGUCUCCAGCAACGGCGGCGGCAGCGAGCACCUGCUGGAGAUGCCCAUCUGCACCUUCCAGCUGCCCGACCUCACCGUGUACUCCGAGGAAUUCCGCAGCUUCAUCGAGCGGGAUCUCAUCGAGCAGUCCAUGCUGGUGGCACUGGAGCAGGCCGGGCGCCUGAACUGGUGGGUGACGGUGGAUCCCAGUUGCCAGCGGCUGCUGCCCCUGGCCACCACCGGCGACGGGAACUGCCUCCUCCACGCCGCCUCCCUGGGAAUGUGGGGCUUCCACGACCGGGAUCUCAUGCUGCGGAAAUCCCUCUACACCCUGAUGGACAAGGGAGCGGAGCGGGAGGCGCUGAGGCGGAGGUGGCGCUGGCAGCAGACGCAGCAGAACAAGGAGUCUGGGCUGGUGUACACGGAGGAGGAGUGGCAGAAGGAGUGGAACGAGCUGAUCAAGUUGGCGUCCAGCGAGCCCCGCGUUCACUACGGCACCAACGGCGGCGGCUGCGGCGGGGUGGAGAGCUCAGAAGAGCCGGUGUAUGAGAGCCUGGAGGAGUUCCACGUCUUCGUCCUGGCCCACGUGCUGAAGAGACCCAUCGUGGUGGUGGCAGACACGAUGCUGCGGGACUCAGGGGGUGAAGCAUUCGCCCCGAUUCCCUUUGGAGGGAUCUAUCUGCCCCUGGAAGUCCCAGCCAACAAAUGCCACCGGUCUCCGUUGGUUCUGGCUUACGACCAAGCCCAUUUUUCUGCCCUGGUCUCCAUGGAGCAGAAGGAAAACACAAAGGAUCAAGCCGUGAUCCCUCUGACGGACUCCGAGCACAAGCUGCUCCCGGUGCACUUCGCUGUGGAUCCCGGGAAGGAGUGGCAGUGGGGGAAGGACGACAGUGACAACGUCAAACUGGCCAGCGUGACGCUGUCGCUGGAGGCCAAGCUGCACCUGCUGCACAGCUACAUGAAUGUGAGGUGGAUCACGUUGCCUUGUGACACGCAGGCUCCUCUGGCCCAGCCGGAAUCCCCCACGGCCUCCGCAGGGGACGACGCUCGUUCAGCGGCAGAGUCGGGCGAGUCGGACAAGGAGUCGGUGUGCAGCAGCUCUGCCAGCAACGGGGGCCUGAGGGCAGGCAAGGACAGGGAGAAACCAAAGAAAGAGCGGGAAAAGGAGAAGGAAAAGGAUAAGAAACGGGCAGACUCGGUGGCCAACAAGCUGGGAAGCUUCGGGAAGACUCUGGGCAGCAAGCUAAAAAAGAACAUGGGGGGCUUGAUGCACAGCAAGGCCGUGAAGGGCGGCCUGAGCAACGGGCAGGGAGACACCCUGGAGAAGAAGAAGAAAGGGUCCCUGAAGGCACGGAAAGGCAGCAAAGAGGAAUGCUCCCCGGGAGACUUGGCAGCUCCCACGGAGAAGGCGUGCCCGGGGAAAGCGGCCCCGGAGAAGGCGCCGGACCCCUCCAAGUACAGCAGCGACGUGCGGCUGAGCCUGAGCAUCCUGCGCGCGGCCAUGCAGGGCGAGCGCAAGUUCAUCUUCGCCGGCCACCUCAAGACCAGCACCCGGCACCAGUUCCAGGAGGAGAUGAUCCAGAGGUACCUCCUGGACGCCGAGGAGCGCUUCCUGGCCGAGCAGAGGCAGAAGGAGGCGGAGAAGAAGGCGCUGGGCAGCGCUGCCCCGGCCAAGAAGCCGGAGGGGGACGAAUUCCAGUGGGACUUUACCCCCGGGGCAGGGAUGUGCCACAGGCUCUGCCCCCGCUUGGUUCACCCCGGAUUUUGA